AUGGAGAUCACGAAGAUGGACGAGACAAUCACCGGCAAAGUAAGGUUCGGCGAUGAUUCGAGAGUAGACAUAAGAGGAAAAGGUUACAUUCUUUUCACGAACAAGGACGGUGAACGGAAGAUCUUAACUGAUGUCUACUACAUACCAGACUUGAGAAGCAAUAUCAUAAGUCUUGGACAAGCAACGGAGUCAGGAUGUCACGUGAGUAUGAAGGAAAAUUACCUGACCGUGCACGAUCGAGAGGGAAAGCUUCUAGUAAAAGCAAACAGAGAGAAAAACAGACUGUACAAAGUACUCAUGGAGGUAGAGAGUACAAAGUGUUUGCAAGCUGAAGCCCUAAACGACUCGACGAGAUGGCAUGCCAGGUUGGGGCACAUUGGAAUAGAAGCUUUGAAGAGUAUGGUAAACAAGGAACUAGUCAGUGGCAUACCACGAUUGUCACUCGAUAAAGCAACAUGUUCAUCGUGCUUACUUGGGAAACAAGCAAGGAAAAGUUUCCCACAAGCAACAUCUUAUCGUGCUAGUAGUGUUCUUGAGCUCAUACACGGAGACUUGUGUGGUCCAAUCACACCACCAACACCAGCCCGAAACAGAUACAUAUUUGUAUUGAUAGAUGAUCACUCAAGGUAUAUGUGGUCAAUCUUGUUAAAGGAGAAGAGUGAGGUGUUUGAAAGGUUUAAAGGGUUUAAAGCUCUUGUCGAGCAGGAGACCGGAGCCACCAUUAAGACGUUUCGGACUGAUAGAGGAGGAGAGUUCAUGUCUACGGAGUUUCAAGAUUUCUGUGAUAAGAGUGGGAUCAAGAGACAUUUAACAGCACCCUACUCUCCUCAACAGAAUGGGGUUGUAGAGAGAAGAAAUAGAACACUACUAGAGAUGACAAGAAGCACUCUCAAGCACAUGAUUGAAAUUCCACAUCUAAAGAAGUUGGAUGAUAGGUCACGAUUGGUGGUGCAUCUCGGAACGGAGCCAGGAUCAAAAGCUUAUCGGCUAUUUGAUCCAAUCAAUCGAAAGAUAGUUGUGAGCAGGGACGUAUUUUUCGAUGAAACCAAGAGAUGGAAGUGGAAAACAGAGGAGAAAAGAACCAAUGAGAAUUCAGAAAUUUUUGGUUUCACGUUUGAUGAGUUUGACGAUGAAGCUAUGAAAGGAGAGAAUCCAUUAGAAGAGGAACCAGGGGAGAGCGAAGAAGAAACAGAAGAGAAUGAGAAUUCAGAAGAUUCAAGAGUUCCUCUUCUAGAGAACGUGAACGAAGACGAGCAGGUCCAAGAGCAGCUCCGUAGGUCAACGCGAGUGAAGGCUAAACCGAGCUACUUGGAAGACUACAUCAUGUUAGCUAAACUCGAAGGCGAGCUUAUGUUGUCGAGCUUAGACGAAGAACCGUGGAGCUACAAUGAGGCAAAAGAGCUGAAAGUAUGGAGAGAUGCAUGUAAAGAAGAAAUUUGUUCUAUAGAAAAGAACAAGACAUGGAGCUUAGUUGAUCUACCCAAUGGAGCAAAGGCAAUCGGACUCAAGUGGGUAUUCAAGAUCAAACGAAACUCAGACGGGAGCAUUAACAAGUACAAAUCCAGGCUGGUAGCUAAGGGAUAUGUACAGAGACACGGUGUUGAUUUCGACGAGGUGUUUGCACCAGUAGCUCGCAUGGAGACAAUUCGAUUCAUCAUUGCUUUGGCUGCAUCGAAAGGCUGGGAGGUGCAUCACCUAGACGUUAAAACUGCGUUUCUACAUGGGGAGUUAAAAGAAGAAGUGUAUGUAAGCCAACCAGAGGGGUUUGAAGUCGAAGGUAGUGAGAGCAAAGUGUACAAGUUACACAAGGCACUCUAUGGUUUGAAGCAAGCACCAAGAGCUUGGAACACUAAGCUGAACAAAAUCCUCAUGGAGUUGGGAUUUGUCAAGUGUUCGAAGGAGCCAUCUCCUUCUGGUAGCUGUCUAUGUUGA